UCGACCUUACAGACUUUCAGAAGCGCUGCUGCUCCGCGGGAAUGGCAUUUUCUUCAUCACUUUCCCGCUUAAACCUUAUCCCAAAACCUUCACUUCCGUACGCGCUUAAUACUUUGAAAUCACUGAACUUCCACAAGCUACUACGAAUCAAUGGGAUUCGACCAUGUAUAUCAUCAAAUGAUUCAGCUGCCCGAUUUUCUGCUUUGAAAAUGACUAGCUCUGCUGGAAUCCACACUCAAAUUUCAAGGCCGCAAGACGAUUUGAUUGUUCUUGGCAUCGAAACGAGCUGCGAUGAUACCGCGGCUGCCAUUGUAAAAGGAAAUGGCGAAAUUCUUAGCCAAGUUAUAGUUUCUCAGGCAGAGCUGCUUGCUCGUUAUGGAGGUGUUGCUCCUAAAAUGGCAGAAGAAGCGCAUGCACAAGCGAUUGACAAGGUGGUGCAGGAAACAAUGGAAAAGGCUAACUUAACAGAAAGGGAUUUAUCGGCAGUUGCUGUAACCAUUGGCCCUGGUUUGAGCCUCUGCCUCCGUGUUGGUGUGCAGAAGGCCCGGAAAAUUGCUGGUAGCUUUAGUCUACCAAUUGUUGGGGUGCAUCACAUGGAGGCUCAUGCUCUGGUGGCUAGAUUAGUUGAACGGGAGUUGCAAUUUCCUUUCAUGGCACUGCUCAUUUCUGGGGGACACAACUUACUUGUUCUCGCCCAAGAUCUUGGCCAAUACAUACAACUUGGAACAACAAUAGACGAUGCGAUUGGGGAGGCAUAUGACAAGACUGCCAAAUGGCUUGGUCUUGAUCUUAGGAAGAGCGGUGGGCCGGCUAUAGAGGAGCUUGCCAGAGAGGGGGAUCCAAAAUCAAUUAAGUUCUCAACUCCAAUGAAGCAACAUAAAGAUUGCAACUUCUCUUAUGCGGGGCUGAAGACUCAAGUCAGGCUGACUAUUGAAUCCAGAAACAUUGAUGCAAAAAUUCCUCUUUCUUCUGCAAGCAGCCAAGACAGGAGUGUGAGGGCUGAUAUUGCUGCCUCUUUUCAGCGUGUUGCAGUACGGCAUCUAGAGGAAAGGUGUGAACGAGCAAUUGAAUGGGCAUUGAAGAUUGAACCAUCCAUAAAACAUUUGGUAGUCUCAGGAGGUGUUGCAUCAAAUAAGUACGUUAGGGCUCAACUUACUGAGGUUGUCAGGAAGAAGGGCCUGCAGCUUGUCUGCCCUCCUCCCAGUCUCUGCACUGAUAAUGGUGUAAUGGUGGCUUGGACGGGCCUCGAGCAUUAUCGCAUUGGGAGAUUUGAUCCUCCACCACCAGCCGAUGAACCCGAAGAUACUUUGUACGACGUGCGACCGAGGUGGCCAUUGGGAGAAGAAUACGUUGAGGGAAGGAGUAUAGCUCGCUCGCUAAGAACAGCCCGAAUCCAUCCAUCUCUUACGUCUAUCAUCCAGGCAUCUCUACAGCAACAAUAGUAGCCAUAGCUUCAGUUUCCAACUCAAAGGAAUUUGCAUCUCUUCUUACCUACGAGAUUUCUCAGGAAACAAACGGAAUCAUACCGGAGUUCUAAUUUCCCAACCAUCAACGUGGUACUACCAUCACUUGAUGCCUUCAGUUAAAUUAUUGGGCGAGUUUGGUUGUUUUCAUGAGAUAUGACAUCAAUAUGUUAUGUUAUUUAUUGAUUCAUUUGUAUCAUAUUAACAUAUAUUAACAAGUCUCAUACACGAGAACCUUCAAAAGAAGAAAUACAUGUGGAUCAUCGCUAAGUUAUGCUCAGAUAGUCAA